ACAUCAUGCGGGCUCGACCCACCUCAAACAUACGACAGUCAAGAACCACUGGAGCGGUCUAAACCUGAUAAGGAGCUGAACGAGACCUACACGAGACCUCUAGAGCCCCUGCAAAGGGACAAGUCACCGAACAUACCUUUAAUACCAGAGAAGAACAACUCGGAAAGUCUGCAGUACAAGUUAAAUGAAGAAAUAAAUGCAGAGUCUAAUUUCUUAGACUCGAACAAGCAGAAUGUGAGCGAAGUGAGACAUAGAAGGGAAGCGAAGGACGAGAUACGGUCAAGUUCAGAGGAAAUGACUCUCAGCGAGCAGUCGAGAGAAGUUGGCAGUGGACAUGAAUGCGACACGGUCCGCUUCGGCAUCGCGAGCAAGUCGAUCAGCAACAUGUCGCUGUUCGCGGAGCCGGUGUGCGCGCACCUCGCCUACAACUUCACCUACACCGUGCCGCUCUCGCACUGCCUCAACCACAAGAACAUCGAGAUCACCUUCCGGUCAAGAAAACUAAAAGAGUUUCGACUCUGUGACGUCCAUUGCAGCUACGACGACACUAAGACUUGCCAGCAGAACAGAGAGCUGCCGAAAUUGGCCCCCGACGGGGACCUGUGGGGGGUCAAGAUGGCCCUGGAGUGCAAUAUAGAACGGGUGCUGAAGAUAAGGGCAAGGUUCACGCCGGGCAAAACUCAUUAUAUCGUGUCCAGGGACUUAUGCUACCCCACUCAAGAAGUGAUGACACCGUACGUGGAAUUCAAUAUUCGCAUAUACAGCGACUGUCAUAAUUAAAUCUUAAAUGACUGCAGCCAACACUUGAGACGUCAAAGUGGUAUCUUCGACUAUGUAAUAGAGCGGAAAUGAUAGUCACCUCUUGACGUAUUUUUUACCUUUAGAUGGCAGUAAUGCGUUGUUCUUCUAAAGGGGCUAUAGCUUACUGGGCUAAUGGUGACUUUUCAGUUUUUUGUCAGGCCAAGCGGUUAACGUAUGAAUUGAUAUUAAAAAAAAAGUUUUCGUCAAUAGCAGCUACAUAUAAAGGCAACGAGGUGACUAUCUUUUACGUGACGACUAAAUACUAUUUAUUUUGAAAAUAAUAGUAGAUAUAUAUCUACUAUAUUUUGGGUAUGACGUGAAAUGCAAAAAAAUGAGCCAAUCAUAAUAACUAAUUUGUAAGCGUGUCAAAAAAGCUUCGUUCUGAUUGGACCGUUUUCACGAUGGUUCAAAUCGAUCGGCAUUGAUUAUGGAAUACAAUGUUAAUGGCAAAUGAAGGUAAAGUAUAAAAUGUUAUAAAAAUAUAUAUCCUAUUUUAAGAUAUUUAUAUUUCUGACCACCUAAUAAAAAAUUAUAGUGCAAUAAAUCCGUCCUUAAACAUUUAUGUAUUUCUAUGUUGUUAUUAAACGUCUAUUUUGCAACGGUGCUUCAUAAAUAUCUUGGCGCUUUUUCAUAUAUUUUUCAUUUAUUUUAUAGAGUUAAAAAUAAGAAUUUACGUUUCCCGAAUAAAACUUGUUAUACAAGAAACUGCAACUAUAUAGUUAAUAGUAAAUGCCUUAAUAUUAAAAAAAACUUACUACAGUAAAAAUAUGCCUACCUAAGUUUAACCAAAUGAGAAUGAGACGGCGCAUUGUAUUCAUUCCCUUUUUUACAUUUUAUACUCUUUAGCAAGUCUGAGCGACUAAACAGCCUUAGCUGUCGCGGAACCACGGGUGGAAGCAAAAAAGCUCUCAAUUUCAAGCAAGGUAGUUUGUUGUAGGAUAUCAGGGUGAGGUUAUUGUAAAAAUUGUCGGACAAGACAAAUCGUCUCCCCUCUUAACCCUAGGCCGCCAUGGGGCCAUCUGUAAUAGGUUCUUGAUUGACUUACAAGAAUGAGCCAUAAAUGAUUUUCUAACACGCCUAUGAUGUUGGUACUAUACCAACCAAUAUUGAUGGUGACUUUGUCGACCUCUUUCAAGAAUUGUGAUUGAUGGUAUGAAAAACCAUUGUCACAAUUAUUUUACGGAUUUGAUAGUUUUAAAAAUAUAUGCUCGAGAUUUUAUUUAUCGUUUAUUUUUUGUAAAAAGGUUUUUUUUUAUUUUAUAAGUGACAUGUUUUAUAGGUUAUGGUUUUUUAAUAUAUUUUUUAUCGGCGGUGGUAGCUAUCAUGUAUUUUUAUUGUUCUUUUUUUUUUGUAAUUAAUUAAAGCAUAUUCCCUGUACGUAUUUAAAGUAUUUUUGAAGCUUUAUGAUUAGUUAUUGAUAUUAUUUUUAUUUUUAAGUUAUAAAUAUUUUUUUUUACGUAUUAAGGUAUUAUAGUCUGAUACUCAAAAAAAUCGUGUAUACGAGCCAUAUUCUAAUACUUAUGUCAUUCCGUAUACAGGGGUAUUAAAUUCGCAUUUUUUUUUAAUGAUAUAAAGGUAUCCUUUUUAUUAGUAAUUUGAUUUACGACUUUUUUCUAAAUUGAAUAUCAUAUACGUAUACAUUCCAUACCAGUACUUAAUUAGCUUAGGGUAUAUUUUGCAUUAUAUUAAAAAAUAUUAAAAUAUUGUUGCUUUAAAAACACUCGGUAUUUUUUUUUACAAAUAUGUUCUAAAAUAAUGCAAUGAAGUAUAGUUUUAGUUUUUCUAAGUUUCUCUUGCCAUAACUUAGAUGUUUUUUCUCGUAUCACAAAAAAAUCACAUUGUAAAUACAAUUUUUCAAAAUUAGAUAAAUUAUGUUUUUUAUAAAGAAAAAAAAAGUUUUUCUAUUCAUUUCUUUACACUAAAAGUAUUUUCUUUCUAAUUUCUUCAAAACAAAAGACGAUAUCUGAUCUCUCUCUGUCUCUCUUAACUAACAUGGUUUUAUGAAUUCUUUUAACUAUUUGUCAGAAAUAUUUUUUCGUGUUAUAAUACAAAUUUUGUAUUGUUGAUAUUUUAUUAUCACUGACUCUGAAUAUAUUUACUAAGUAAGUAAUCUAUUCUGACGUGACAUCACUAAUUUUGUGAAACUCAAAUUGUAAUGAAUCUCAUUUAUGUGACAUUUACAGCCGCUUUCAAAAAUGAUCCCAAUCUCAAUCUUCAAUCCGAAUCCGAGAAUGAACCAAUCAAAAUAAUUCAUUUGUAAACGUGUCAAAAAUCUUUGUUCUGAUUGGUCCAUCUUUGAGAUCGUAAAAGCGAUUGAGAUCAUUUAUUCAAAAUGGCGGGUAGCCAUUAUUUAUGAAUCUCAAAAUUAAAAUAUUCUGUCACAAAUAAGGCUGUUGACGGAAUAAUACAAUAUUACUUAGCAAGAGUAAUGAUUUAAAACUUUAUAUGGACAUAAUAUUUUAUUUACAAGAAAUAUACAUUUUUAUGCUCUGAAGUAGGUUAUUUCAAGUUUUCUCAACACCUCUCUUUAGGCCUUGAACACAACUUCGAGUUUCUUCGUAACUAACUUCAAACAAUAAUAUUUUUCCUUUUAAAUGUAAAAUAUUAUGACUCCGUGAAAAAAAGAAUUGUUCUCGCUAAGUAAUUUUUAAUAAAAUUCUCGUUUCUCUAAUACAAUGUACCUAAAAGAUUUUUGUAGAUCGUAUUAAAUAGUUAUUAGUAGAUUUUAGCUAUAUUAGUUAAGGUAUAUAAAGUAAGUACAUUUGUUUAAUGAGGAAAUAUCAUGGUUGAAGUUUUUUUAAUUCUAUAUUAUGUCAUGGUAUCUGUAAAUGGUAUUGAGAAUAUAUUUAUAAAUCAUUUAUUUUAUUCGCAUUUAGAAAAAAAGGGGCCAUAUAAAUUACGUUACACAUUUAGAAGGGUGAAGGGGGCAACGAAGUGUGACAAGCGUGAGAGUCAUAAGUUUCGUGACGUCACAUGGCAAAAUCUUCAGUUUUAAAACAUAGCAUAUUAAUGGUAAACAAAGAACUUUAAAAUAUAUUGUAUAUGGGUAUACAUAUAAACUAUGUGUAAUAAUGUAAAACCACAUAUGACGAGGACGGGGGGAGGGUCAAAAAGUCGUGAAAAUCGUGUGACGUAGUUUAUGGUUGGCCCCGUAAUAGAAUCUAUCGGCGUCGCGAAAUUCUUCCAGCGAGUAAGACAAUUGUAGACUACAUUACCAAGGUUACAAGGUAAAGUGUCAUUUCUUUCAUCACUAGUCUAUCAUUUGGAGAGUAUGUCAUGCGGUUGUUUUGUAGAUUGCGGCGAUUGCAACCAACAGUUGCCGUAUUAAUCGUAGUCAAUAUGUCGGUAUUUAUUUUGUAUUCAUCAAAUAAAAUCAUCGCAAAAGUUCUCAUAAAAUAAUCUGAUAAAACAUGAUAUUGACUUAUUAAACUUAUUUAUUUCAUAAAUUAUAAUACACGAUUGAUAAAUAAAUCAAUAAAUAGUUUAUUUUUAUCAUAAAAAAUUAAAAUAUUGUUAUGAAACUUUUACUUCUAUGUAUAUUUCAGUCGUGGGUAUUCAUAAAGCUGUAUUUAGCGUAUCUAUGUAUUUUGUACUGAAGCAAAUCAAUAAAAUUAAACAAAUUAUAAUCAAUUAGUAAGAAAGCUGUUUUUGGAAAUUUUAAUUCUAAUAAAAAUUAAAACAUUGAAAUUGAUAUUCAUAUUCCUGUGAACAUUAAAAAAAUAUUCCAAGCAGCGCCAUCUGCGUGGAAAAAAGUGGAACUAUUGAUUAUUACACUGUAAUUGUAAUGUUGUAUUUCAAGAAAAAAGUAGUUACGGGUUAUAAAAUAGGUAAAACCUUUAGAAAUUCAGUUCGACAGCUAUUUUGUAAGAAAUGUAGUACAUCCCAGUUUUUUUCUAAUCAAUGGCGUAUUAUCGAAACUAUCUUUCCAUACAUGAUAAUUGAAAUUAAACUGCUUUAAUCGAGUAAAUUCAUUAUUUCUUGAAAUACGAUUAAGUUAUUGUUAGGGUAGGUUAUGUCAUGUAUUAGUGUUUUAGAUAAGUGUCCACAAAUUUGUAUUGUCUAAGUGAUAAUGGAAUUAAAUUGUAGAAAUUUA